AUGAGAGCACCUCAGUCCGGGACCUACGCUCCUCCUCACAGCCCUCAGUCCUCCUCUUUCCCCGGGACUGAACUCUCCUCUCUCCCCGGGACCGAACUCCCCAAAGAAGCGGCGCAAGGACCAAGCGGCGACGCGUCUCCCGCUGCCCGUACGCGUAGUUCCCGAGAGGCGCUGAUGAGGAUGUGUCCCGCGUCUGUCGGGAUAGCAGUGCUGGCCGCGGUCCUUCAGAUGUGCUCAGGCCUGGGUCUGGGCCUGGGUCUGGGCCUGGGUCUGGACCUGGGACUAGACCUGGGCCUGGACCUGGGUCUCUCAGUGCAGAAGGAGCAGGAGGAGCAGGAGGAGCAGGAUGAGCAGGAAGAGGAGAAGGAGGAGGAGCAGGAGGAGCAGGAGGAGGAGCAGGAGGAGCAGGAAGAGGAGAAGGAGGAGCAGGAGGAGGAGCAGGAGGAGCAGGAGGAGCUGGAGGAGCAGGAGGAGCAGGAAGAGGAGAAGGAGCAGGAGGAGGAGCAUGAGGAGCAGGAGGAGGAGCAGGAGGAGCAGGAGGAGGAGCAGGAGGAGCAGGAGGAGCAGGAGGAGCAGGAGGAGCAGGAGGAGCAGGAGGAGGGUGUGCUUCACUCAGUUCAUGUUGGAUCAGAGUCAAAACUGUUUGACCUUCACCAGAGGAGCCUCCAUCACUGCAGACCUGACUGA